GGUCGAUUCUUUUCACAAAAAUACUUCUCCAAAAAACUCCACGGCGCAGAUCCGAGGAGUUGCUCUGCAAUUUGACCAAUCACCUACGCAAUCGUUCUCAAUCUCUUCUUCGUUUUGAUUCCAAGUUAUGGCUGCAGAAGGAUCGCAAUUUGAUACUCGUCAGUAUGACUCAAGGAUGAGUGAGAUACUUCAACCUGAUCAACAAGAAUUCUUCACCUCUUACGAUGAGGUCCAUGAAAGUUUCGACGCCAUGGGUCUUCAAGAGAACCUUCUCAGAGGCAUUUAUGCCUAUGGUUUUGAGAAGCCUUCUGCUAUCCAGCAAAGAGGCAUUGUUCCGUUCUGCAAGGGACUCGAUGUUAUUCAACAGGCUCAAUCUGGAACCGGAAAAACCGCCACCUUCUGUUCUGGCAUCUUGCAGCAGCUCGAUUACAGUCUAACACAGUGCCAGGCCUUGGUUUUGGCACCUACUCGAGAACUUGCCCAACAGAUUGAGAAGGUUAUGAGAGCCCUCGGUGACUACCUCGGUGUCAAGGUUCAUGCUUGUGUAGGUGGGACCAGUGUUCGUGAGGAUCAGCGAAUCCUCUCAGCUGGGGUCCACGUUGUUGUCGGUACACCUGGCCGUGUGUUUGACAUGCUGCGAAGACAGUCACUUCGCGCUGACUACAUCAAGAUAUUCGUAUUGGAUGAGGCUGAUGAAAUGCUCUCUCGUGGUUUCAAGGAUCAGAUAUACGACAUCUUCCAAUUGCUGCCAUCCAAAGUCCAAGUCGGGGUUUUCUCCGCCACAAUGCCCCCAGAGGCACUAGAAAUCACCCGCAAGUUCAUGAACAAGCCCGUCCGAAUCCUGGUCAAGCGUGACGAGCUAACACUCGAGGGUAUCAAGCAAUUCUACGUCAACGUAGAAAAGGAAGACUGGAAACUCGAGACGCUCUGCGAUCUCUACGAAACCCUAGCCAUCACCCAGAGCGUCAUAUUCGUCAACACCAGACGAAAGGUUGACUGGCUAACCGACAAGAUGAGGGGCCGCGACCACACAGUUUCGGCCACACACGGUGACAUGGACCAGAACACCCGUGACAUCAUCAUGCGCGAGUUCCGAUCCGGCUCGUCUCGUGUUCUUAUCACCACAGAUUUGCUGGCCCGUGGUAUUGAUGUGCAGCAAGUGUCGCUUGUGAUAAACUACGAUCUGCCAACUCAGCCUGAGAACUAUCUGCAUCGUAUUGGACGAAGCGGGCGGUUUGGGAGGAAGGGUGUUUCGAUUAAUUUUCUGACGACUGAGGAUGAGAAGAUGCUCGGGGAUAUUCAGAAGUUCUACAAUGUUGUGAUUGAGGAGCUUCCAUCGAACGUGGCUGAUCUUCUGUGAGGUGGCUUCGGUUCUUUUUUUUUUAUUUUAUUUUUUCGGUUUUGGAUUUUGUUUCUGAGUUGAAGGUUAGGGCCCUUUUUUAAUUUUAUUAUUUAGAGAUAGUUAAUUAUUCUGCUUUUCCUUGUGGUUUUUUUGCCUAUUGUCUGUUUUGCAAAAGGUUGUUUGUUUGCAUUUGGGUAUUGGUGUGUGAGUGUACUGAUAGCCAUGCAAAAUUGUCUGUUUAGGUAGAGAGUUUCUGUAACUUUGCUUUAUUCUUUUUCGGCCCAAAUUUUGAUUAAACCUUAUUUAUAUUUAUUUUUAGCUUUUAUUCUAUCA